UCCUCCUCCUCCUCCUCCUCCUCCUCUUCCUCUUCCACCUCCUCUUGUAUCGCACAGCCCGCCUUCUCCUGUCCACUUUAUCUCUCUCUCUUUACACUUCUCACUAUCUCCGCUGUCUCUUUUCUUUAUACUCUCUUCCUCUUCAUCUCUCUCUGUCCUUCACUUCUCUCCAGACGCCAGAAGCUUGCAGGCUUGCCGGUCUUCCUUAAAAACUACUGAGGAUUCAGAAGCACUGUCCCUGUCACUGGAGCCAAGAUGGCAAUGUGCAGCAUCCUCAACGGUGAUGACAUCAAGAAAGCACUAGAUGCAUUUGCAGCUGCUGACUCCUUUAACCAUAAGAAGUUUUUCGAGUUGGUGGGUCUGAAGGCCAAGUCUGCUGACGAGGUGAAGAAGGUCUUCUUGGUGCUGGACGCCGACAACAGCGGCUUCAUAGAGGAGGAGGAGCUCAAAUUCGUCCUGAAAGGUUUCGCCCAAAAUGGCAGGGACCUGACAGACAAGGAAACCAACGCAUUUUUAAGAGCAGCCGACAAGGAUGGAGACGGCAAGAUUGGAAUUGAUGAGUUUGCCGCCCUGGUGAAAGAAUAAACAGUCGCCCAAUGUGACCGACUCUCACUCCAAGAUCACCUCCCAACCACGCUGCACUCCCACACCUGCAGGCCUCCCUCCACAGCACCAACACCUCACCCCCCCCACCACCCUAACUGCAGCUGAUCCCCCCCUCACCCUCUCCCCCACUGCUGUCUUCCCUAAAUGCAACACUGCACUGACAGAAGUUAACUGUGGUUUCCCCCCCUUCACACACACCUCCUCCCCACAGCUAUACUAAUCCUAUUUAUUUUAUCCUUUUUAUACAAAAUGUUUCUGUUUCUGUAUAGAUAUCAAACAUGCCUGCAAGAAAUAAACCUCACAUUUUAAAGUAGAUAUUUAAAGAAAAUAGAGAUUAUAAGAGAAAGACCCCAAUGUCCUUCCUCACCCUCUUUCUUUCUCCCUUAUUCUGUUAUUUCUCUGUCGAUUUAACUCCUGGCACUGAUCCUGCAUCCGCCCCCCCCCCCCCCCUUUCUUCCCCCCAUCUAUCUAUCUAUCUAUCCGUCCCUUUCUCCUCUGGUAAUGAGCUGUUGUAAAACAUACCAAAAGAAGAAAGAGGUCAAGCUGUGAAAGAAUAAAAAUAAAAAGUCUCAAGAAAC